AUGAAUUUAAGCUCUAAUAUCACCAAUGGGAUGGACACAUUUGGUGAUGGAUUUUAUCUAGUUGCUUUCAAUUCUUUGGACAAUAAGAACUACCUGAUAUUGGCAUUAGGAAUUAUUUACCUGAUCACUCUUAUAUGUAAUUGUACUCUUCUGACUGUAAUCUUCAUGAACUCCAGUUUACAGAACCCCAAGUUUCUUGCAGUUUGUAACCUUGCUGUAGUUGACAUUUCUUUAAACAGUGUUAUUAUUCCACAAAUGGUUCCUGUGUUCGUAUUCAACCUUAAUCACAUCAGUUUUGAAGCCUGCUUCACCCAAAUGUUUUUCAUGCACUUUUUUGGUGACAUGGAAUCCUUUUCACUGGCUCUAUUGGCUUAUGAUCGCCUGAUUGCUAUUUGCUUUCCUUUGCGCUACCCUAGUAUCAAUACGAAUGUGAGGAUGGUGCUCAUCAUAGCUGGACUUUGGUUUCUGGUAUUUUUGAUUGAGCUUUUCCCUGUAGUUCUGGCCAGUGGCCUGUCCUACUGUAGAUCAAGGGUGGUGCCAAGCUGUUGCUGUGAGCAUGGCCCAGUAUACAAGUUAGCUUGUGGAAAUACUUCUUAUAACAGGAAUCUGGCAACUGCCAAGACAUUAGCUGUUUUGCUUGGCCCUCUGAUAUUUAUCAUUUUUUCAUAUGUCAUAGUGGUUGUGGCAGUGUUAAGGAUUGCAUCUACAACUCAGUGCUGGAAGGCCUUCAACACCUGUCUUACUCACAUGAUCCUGGUUCUCAUUUACUAUAUGCCAGUAAUUUUGGCUUAUAUACUAGGGAACUUGCGAUUAGUUCAAUCAAUUGAUCUGUUCACAGCAGUCCUUACAGUGUCUAGUACCCUGCCAGCCAUGUUAAACCCUAUCAUAUAUAGUCUAAAGACUGAGGAGCUGCAAGAUAAAUUACUGAAAUUCUUUAAGCCACAAAAAGUGUCACCGCAUUUGAGGUAA